CGGAAGUCGGCGGCGGGGCUGGGUGAGGCACGGCUGCGCCCCCGCCCCUCGCCCCCACCGAGGAGCCGCCUCCCCUCUUACCCCUCCUCCGCCCACCCUGCCCCGGCGCGCCCGCCAGCCCCGACCGACCGACCGACCGACGGACGGACAGCGCUGCGCCGCCGCCCCGGCUCCCCCACCGCGGCCAGGUUGUUACUGGCAGAAGAACCAGGAUUCAGAUCUCAGUGGAACUUGCUUUCAAAAGCUGUUGAAACAAAGGACUGCUUUCUAAUUUGGACAUGGCUAAUCGAGGAGCGACAAGGCCCAACGGGCCAAAUGCUGGAAAUAAAAUUUGCCAAUUUAAACUAGUACUUUUAGGAGAGUCUGCAGUUGGCAAAUCAAGUUUGGUGCUUCGUUUUGUAAAAGGACAGUUUCAUGAAUUUCAAGAAAGUACAAUUGGAGCUGCUUUUCUAACCCAGACUGUAUGUCUGGAUGAUACAACGGUAAAAUUUGAGAUUUGGGAUACAGCUGGGCAAGAGCGGUACCACAGUUUAGCGCCCAUGUACUACAGAGGAGCACAAGCAGCUAUAGUGGUAUACGACAUCACAAACGAGGAGUCCUUUGCCAGAGCGAAAAAUUGGGUCAAAGAACUUCAGCGACAAGCAAGUCCUAACAUUGUAAUAGCUUUAGCAGGAAACAAAGCUGAUCUAGCUAACAAAAGAGCUGUGGAUUUCCAGGAAGCACAGGCUUAUGCAGAUGACAACAGCCUAUUGUUCAUGGAGACAUCUGCCAAGACAUCUAUGAACGUAAAUGAAAUAUUCAUGGCAAUUGCAAAAAAAUUGCCCAAGAAUGAACCACAGAAUGCAGGAGCCAGCUCUGCCAGAGGAAGAGGAGUAGACCUUACUGAACCCACACAACCACCCAAGAGUCAAUGUUGUAGUAACUAAAAGAUCAAUUGCUUUAAACUGUUCUGAAUAUUCUUCUGCUUCCUAACUGUUAAUAACCAUGGAAUUGGAGUGCUUAACCUGGUCCAGUACAGCUUCCAAACAGCGAAGAGACUUACAAUAAUAGUCAAGUUCAUGAUACAGAGUUUUCUUUUCACCUAAAAUUUUAACAUGCAUGUAUCCACCACUGGCUGUAAUGUUUCAGCAGUAGAGGAGAGAUGGAGGUGGAAUAAACUUCCUUCAGUUGAAAGGUUUUAAAAAUCAGUUGUUAUUAUUAGAGGUGUAGAAGAACUACUUUCUGUGGACCUAAUUGGCCAGUUCCUGUAGCCUCAAUACUGAUCACUGUUAUAAUAAAUAGAAUUGGGUCUUUUCAUAAUUCUCAAUUGUGCUUUAAAACCUCCUUAGAAACAGGGUCUAAAAAUUACUUAAACUUAUUUGCAGUAUUGAUGCAACCAGUUGUUUCUGCAGGUAUCCAUUGUUUAGUUAUACAUUCCAUAGGUUAAUAAUUUUAUUACAAAUAAUACUUGCAUUAACAAUUUUAAGAAUCCUAUGCUUGCCAGAAAGUGGAGUUUUAGUUGGUACACUGUAUGUAAAUUAUAUCAACCCAGUUAGUUAUCUUAAUGAAUUAGUGAUGAAUCAAGUCUAACUUCAUUUCUAAUCUGUUCAGAGGGUACAGACCAGUAAAUUCAACUCUACAACUUAGGAUAUGGGGUUUUUUGUCCUCUACAAACUGUAAGAGCUCUUCAAGUAAAACCACAACAAACUCGGUGUCUGUGACUUCUUUCUUGUUUCUGAUCAUUGCUGGCCAUUACAGUUUGUUUUUCCCCUAAGGAAAAAAAAAUAGUGCACUAACGAUUAUGUACAUCCAACUUGAUUUUAAAUUUGGAUAUUAAUGUACUGUAAAUAGGUACUCUGCAUUGUAGUCUACAUUUGUUUAAUACUUUCUGUAAUAUUUAAGAGUUGCUUAAAGGUAUACAGAAUGUACAGUUACUUAAAGCUAACUUUUUUCCUCUCUAAUCAAAGGGGGUUCUGAGUUCUUCCUUUAUGGCUAGAACAGUAAUAAAUGAUGCUCCUGUAUCUGUAACAUAAGUACUGCUGUCUGUCAGUAAUGAACUUCGCAACUUUGUUUUCCAAAGUACAUUUUAUUUUGAUCAGUCCAGUAUAUUGCACUAAUUCUUUUAGUUAUUUUCAUUAUAUGAAAUCUACAAAGUGUGUCAGAAGAGAUGAAUUAGUCUAUUUAAAUGUUGAACUGAUAGAAACUUACUUGUGCAGAUUUUAAAUUUGCAGUAAUCUGGGUUUAGCAAGAAAAAUGACAGUUCACCAGUGUUUAGUUUUAUAUUGAGGUGCUCAGGUUUGAAUAAAGUGGUUUAAAAAAAUUUUGAUUACUGGUUCUUAUUCAGAGUUUCAGGAGGUUUUACUGCAUUUGUACAGUUCCAGACAAGAUGUCUGAUUCACUGUAUGGGUCAGCAUUUAAGAUGCUUACAAUAAAUUCAUGGCACAGCUAAAUAUAAGCUUGUCCUAUAUAUAUUGUGGCACUCCAGUUAUCCUGUGAUAAAUCUUUAAAUGUUGAGGUAAUUGGGUAUCUUAUCGCAUCCAUUUAGAAGUAUGAUCAAAAUAGUAAUAUUGUCUCUUGAACCUGGAGCUAAUGCAGUCUUUGCCAGUUGUUCACAAGGUGACUUGUUGCAUUGCAGUGUCUCUGAGCUGACUCUGUCUCCUCUUGCAGCUUGUGAUUUGCAAUUGAUUUGGUACAUUUUUGUGUCUUUUUCAAACUGUGGUGGUGGUUUAGAACCCAGUGGUGAUGCAGUCUUUAGCAGUUCUUGACCAACAUCACCUGCAGUUUGUCACAAAAUGAAUUGGAGUCCCAUUUUUUCUGCCAGCUGUGUAUUUGAGUCAGAAUUAGAUGGCAUGGUUUGUCUAUUUUGAGGGCAUUUUCAUUGCUUUAGACCUUGAUGCCAGCACAUUCUCUUGCAGCUGUUUAUAGCUGUGACUUGGACCUGUUGCACAGAAAGUGUUGGUUUCUUCUUGCUCUGAAGUCUCACUGUGGAUGAAAACUUGGAUAAAAUUUAUUGUUGUCAAACUGAGUUCUUCAGAGUCACCUUGUGUGUUAGAAUUGGAGCAGUAUAUCUCUAUUCUUUGAAUUUACUUCAUUGUUACUAAAAAGAGACAGUUCUGGAUUAGGCUGAUUUUUGUGGUCAUUGGUUUCCUUAUUAAGAAUUCAAUUUUUGCUAUGCCUAUAAUUCUUCCUGGAACAUUUUCACUGAUUUUGUUUCAGGUUGCCUUUUGAGUCACUCUGAAAAAUACUUUGGUUGGAAUAAAAUAGCUGUAUUAUAUCUUGCAGAUGAUUAAUAGUGUUUGAGUCAGUUAAGUUGUCUCCAGUGAGGGAUACUAGAUACUGACACACGGUGUCCUCUUUUGUUGAACAGCACUCAUGCAUUCUCAAGUAAUGAGUGGAUGUUAAGAGUUGGUGCAAGUACUUUAGGUAAUCCAGAACCCCUCAAAGCCCAUUAGAAGUCAAAAUAAGAAACUGGCAAGUAACAUUGAUAGGGACAGAUGCAGUAUGAAGUACAGAUAUAACACACGUUCUUUUUACUGGAGCUCUGUGAUGUCCAAGAGCCCUUGUAGUUCUCAGGUAUCCCUCUACAAAUCUGGUUUAUUAGUGCUGAUGUUUUCACCAUUCUGAAGUGUUUUCUCUCACAUUAGAAGUGCUGUGCUUUUGAGAGACCUGACUCCAUUUUUACGUAAGACUGCACUUACAUCAUCUGAAGUUUAAAUAGUAUUUAUAGCACACUGGGUGUUUUAAAGAUACUGCUGUUACAGUUUCAGCCUUUUGUUAAGGACUGGGAAGAAACCUGAGAUCAUAGUUAAUAAUCUACUUCACAUGCAACAAUAUGUCCAUCAUUGAAUCUGUUUCUGGUUUUACAGCAAAGUUGUCUGUGUAUUUUCCCCUUCCAUUCUUAGAAGACUGUUCUGGAAUCUUCAUCUCUUGACUGCGAAUAAACUCUUAUGAGGAGACUUAGGUGACAUUUCAUUCAACUUAAAGUGCAGUCUAAUAUGAAAAAUAUGCACUUUAGUUUAAAAGCCAGUCAACGUGCAACUUCUCUAUUUUUCUCAAAUACUUUUUCUCCUAUGAGAACAUGUGCUUUCAAGUGUCUGAGCUCAGCAAGAAGUUUCAGCUCAGACUGUUUCUGGCAGCCUACAAAUUCUAGUACUUGAAAAUACUUUGGACAUGAUGUAGGAUUUACUGUUUACUUACAGGAUGCCUUAAAUCUCUUGGUUGAGGCACCCAAGGGAGCAAGAAUUCUUAGUCAUUGUGGGAAGUUGAGAACUAGUUUCCUGGCUUUAGUAGGAAGAGGUAUUUUCCCUGUCCCUCAACGUUUCUGAAAUCUGAGAAUUAAAAGUGUUAGUAAUUGCAGCACUGCAGGAGGCUGGUCAUGUCAGAUUUGAAUGCAGAGCAUAAAGGAAGGAGCUCUGAACCCAAGUGCUGUGUUGUUUGAGAUCCUCUGUGGCUGCCCUGGGAGACCAUUUCUUGUGUUAGGGGAGGCGUUCAGUUCCCUCCAAUGUGUUGGCAUAAGGGCAAAAGCAAUGCUAGGCAGAAGGAACUUCUUGGGAUGUGGUGACUUUCUAGGCAUGAAGCUGGCUACAGUGUGUUCAUUUAUGUUGUAUUUUUAAUAUCAUCUGGCUAGACUGGGGCCCAGACCUCUGGAAAGUGUGUAUGAGUAGGCAUUGCUUGCACAGUAGUUGUGCUUCUUGGGCAGCAUUGGCAUCAUCAAGUGUAGGAGACAGCUGUGUGUAGUCUGUGAAGGCAGAUUUCUUCUGCCUUAAAUCAGAAAGUGAUUCAAAAUACCAAACUGAAGGAUGCACCUUUUUAAUUAUUUAUAAAUUUUAGAAGCCUUAAGUUUUGCUCUGUAUGUUUCCUUGUGCUUGUUUCCCCCUCCUUCCUCUGAUUUCCAUGGAGAGCUAGAAGAAUGUGUAAAAUAUGCUUUAAACCCUUGGAGCAAGACCACCAACUGUAAGCCUGACCAAGGCCAUAAUAUAACUCACGUGGAACAAUCUGACUGCAAGAAAGAGUAAAAUCCAGUCCCUUUUGGAUGCAAGUCUCUUGUCUGCAAACCAGAGACAGGGCAAAAGAAUCAACAAAACUUAGCUAACCUGUCAAUGUGGGACUAAAUGAAGAAGAUAGCCCAUGUUACCAGCUCCUGCUCCUUGUAUCUGACCAUCCUCUUUAAUUGCUUACCUGGAGCUGAAGAAACAUGCCUGUACUUCUGUAAGAAUGCACUCCUUGGGGAAAAAUGAAAGUUCAUGUUGUGUGAGUGCUUUCCUUUGAUGUGGUACAUUUGGUGGAAAAUUAAUUGUAUUAGAUUAAAUAAACGUGUAUUUAGCAGUGGUUCAGAAAUGUGGACUUGAAUCAUAAAAGAUUUAAAGAACAUCUGAAGAACUUCAAACCUUAACUUGUUAAUAGAGCUUGAAUUUGUUAUCCUUAAUUGCAGCCCGCAUGAAACUCUCUCUGUAAGGAAUGGAUGAGGCUGGUAACCAGACCCAGAAGCAAUUUUGGUAAAGAAUUCACCCAGCCUCAGUUCUUGCCUUAAUCAAUCUCUUUGAAAUAAAAUGUAUUUCCAGUAAGGUGGAAACAAAUUCCUCUGAAAACACUGAAAACACUUUUUUGUGAGUUAAUGCUGUGUUCCAGUAAAGGUGUGACUGCAUUUCCUGAAAGAACAGCUGAGCUAGUGCUGAACUACCUGUUUUGAUACCUGUACCAGUCAAGGUCCCAUAGCUGCAGAAAGCUUAUUUGGAGUAAAGUACAGCUGUAGCAGCAAGUGUUGAAGAAUGGAGGUGAUGAGAUAUACCACAGUUACCUAGAGCAGUGUCAGUGCAUGAUAAAGUUGGUUUACAGUGUUUCUCAGGCUGGCAGAUGACUGCAAGUUGUUGCUAAGGAAAAGUAUUUUUUCAAUAUCUGGAAUUGUUUUUUUCAAAUGUAGAACAUUUUUUUUUCUUGUCUUGACCACAGUGAGGUCUCUCAAAUGAUUCUCCCUUUUUCUACUUCAUUAAUUUUGGUCAAAUUCCAUAUGGAGAAAUAUGAAGAAGUCUUACAAGUUGUGUGAAUGCACACAUCACAGAAGAAAGAGUGCCUCUGAUGUCAGCUGCAGGGUCAGGCCACUCCUUACUAAUGCCAUGGAGAGUAAGAGAGAAGUGGUGUAGUGCUGGGCAUGUGCUUCAGGCAGAGGCUGGAAGAGAACGUAGCUGCAGACACAAAUCCAUUUGGAACUCUUCACUCACCUGCUUUUUUUAUACGCUGCUUUUUUUUUUUACCCACUCUGCUUGUGCGCUUCUUUGUGGGAAAACAAGUAUCUUGCUUGUAAUCUCACAGCUGUUUUACCUAUAGGAGAGUGCUUAACUGGUAACAAAAAUCACCAGGUGGGAAGAUACAAUGACUGGAGUUGCCAGUCUGCAAAAGCUUUUGUAGUAUCCCUUGUAGCAGAGGUGGGUGAAGAAUCAUUAAGAAUGUAUCAUUGUUUCUGAUUGUAAU